GUGCAUCUUAUAGGAGCGCUCACAAUCAGUCUAUCUUUAUAAGGCCUAUGGGAAUUUCGGAGUGUCCCUUCCACUCGUCGCUGAACUACAGUUACCCUCGCUGCUAGUCGGUGCACCGCUUCCAUCACCACCAGCUCGAGUGAAAGUCGACAGACAGUGCGGAGAGUAGAUACGGUGUGAAUAUACUAACGAGAGUGACGACAAUGGGAAAUCACCUCGGCUUUGUUACAUCGGGAGCUUUUCUAAUUAUUUUCGCUGCUGCCCUUAUUGCCCUACAGACUGUUAACAGUUUACAAGCAACGACGAGACCUCAACACGACAAGGUGGUCGUGUGUUAUGUUUCCUCAUGGGCGAUCUACAGACCCGGCAAUGGACGAUUCGGUUUCGAUGAGCUCCAGGCCGAGCACUGUACCCACCUGGUGUACGCCUUCGCCGGACUAAACGCCUCGACAUCCUCCAUUCGUAGCAUCGAUCCAUGGGCAGACCUCGAGGAAGGCGGUGCGAAAGGAGGAUACAAGAGAAUGACUGAACUCCGGAACAAGCAUCCUGGACUGAAAGUGACCAUAGCCAUCGGAGGCUGGAACGAAGGCAGUGCUAACUACUCCGAACUAGCGGCAUCUCCGCAAAGGAGGCAAACUUUUGUCAACAGCGCUGUUGAUUUCGUUAGGAAGUAUAAUUUCGACGGACUCGACCUCGAUUGGGAAUUCCCUGCGCAACGAGGUGGGGCUCCUCAUGACAAAGAAAACUUUGUCCUUCUUGCGAAGGACCUGAGCACCGCCUUCAGGAGCAGGGGGCUUCUGUUGACGGCGGCACUUGGGGCCGGCAUCGCGACUAUCAACGCUGCCUAUGACGUUGCCCGGCUCUCCGAAUACCUCGACUACAUCCACGUGAUGGCCUACGACUACCACGGGGCGUGGAACAUGAAAGUUCUCUCCAAUGCGCCCUUGAGACGCGCCGCCGACCAGCUGAGCGUCGAAGAUUCGAUCCAGCACUUACUCAAGCUUGGUGCUCCGCGGAGAAAAUUGGUUCUGGGGCUACCGACCUAUGGGCGCACCUUCGUUCUUACUAGUCUCCUAAGUGGCGCGAACGAUAGUCCGAUCGGUGCCGAAGCCAUGUCCACAGGAUUCCAAGGACCUUAUACUCGAGAGAAUGGUUUUAUGGGUUACAACGAGAUCUGUAGCGAACUGGUGAAGGAAAAGAAUGGGUGGCGAACGGGCUGGGACAAGGCCAGUGGAACAGCAUGGGCAGUCAAGGGGGACAAAGCGAUUACCUUCGACAACCCGAACAGCAUGAUGAUGAAGGCUGAUUAUGCCGCGGAAAUGAAGCUGGCCGGCGUAAUGGUGUGGAGCAUUGACACUGACGACUUUUUGGGAACCUGCGCAAAUAUUCACGCUGAAAAAUUGGACCCUCUUUUGGGAUUGGAUUAUCCUCUGAUGCGUUCGAUCAAUUUUGCUCUAUCUCGAGCCCCGAGUAGCCACGACAGUAAUGACAAUCUCGUUCCGGACGACGUCGAACCCCCGAUACCGGAUAGCGGCCUGCAGGCUUCCUUAAGCAGCGUCAUUUUAAUCAUCUCCCUAGUAUCGAGUCUGUGCUAAAGACACCUAUUUUCUUCCAAGUUGCAGACUUCUUACUGCAAAGCUCAUUAGGAUUUUUAUAACCUGAUCUGGUAAAAUUUUCUAAGGAAAAAACUUUUUUCUCUGCCCUGUUAGCUUCUCGAAAAGAGAAAAAUAUACAUUAUAUACAGGGUGUACACUGUACACGUACCUCGCGAUAUUCCUAAAUGAUAGAAACAGUUAUAUAUUAAGUUUCUUGCAAGGUAAUUGUAAUAUCAAAUUAAAAUUCGUAACGUUAAUGUAACAGAGCAUUUUUGAAAAAAAAAUUUAAUUCUUUCAAUAUAAUCGGGAAGUUGGAACACGGUAAUAUUUUUUUAAAAAUAUCGUUUCAUUAACGUUACUGAAUUCAACGUCGUACUGUAAUUGUAAAAUAAAUAUACUGACUUUGUGAUUAUACGUCUAUAGGUCAGCAUUUAUUAUUCUAUAGAAUACUACUAUUAUAUUCGUUAAUAAAAUAUUCUAUGUUACUCAGAAA